GGACAACACGCCAGCUAAUAGAAGCUUCCCCACCCUCCCCCCUUAAAGAGGCAAGGUCUUUGUUAACGGCUGCAACUCAGCUGUUUCUGGAGAAAAAUUACCAGAACACACUGGCAAGUCCUGGCUGUGUGGGCCAAGACAAAAAGAAUUCCACAUUCUGGAAAAGUCUGCUGCUUCGCAUUUCGUCCUGGGGAUCUUUCUGCACAGAGACAACUUUUCAGGCUAAGGUACCUGCCAAGAUGCUCCACUUGCAGAGUCCCCAGAUGCUGCUGAGGCUAGAGAAAUGCUUGAGGAAGAGCCUCCCUGAGUCCUUAAAGGUUUAUGGCACCGUCUUCCACAUGAACCAGGGAAACCCCUUCAAGCUAAAGGCCUUGGUGGACAAGUGGCCUGAUUUUAAUACAGUGGUUAUUCGCCCUCAGGAGCAGGAGAUGACAGAUGACUUGGAUCACCACACCAAUACCUACCAAGUCUAUUCUAAGGAUCUCAAGAACUGUCACGAAGCCCUUAGCACAUCAGAUGUCAUCAACUGGAAGCAACAUUUGCAGAUCCAGAGUUCACAGCCCAGCCUGGACAAGGUUAUACAGAAUCUUGCAACCACUAAAUUCAUUAAGGUCAAGAAAACACAAUGCAUUCUCUAUAUAACGCCGGAGAUGGCAAUAAAACUGCUUCCUUCCCUGCCAGAGACAAAGAACUUACCUCCUGGAUACAGCAGACCCAAAGCCAGUAACCCAGAGGUGUUUCAAGUCUCAUCCAUGGAUGUUACCCACGCUGCCUUGGUGAAUAAGUUCUGGCAUUUGGGUGGCAACGAGAGGAGCCAGAGAUUCAUUGAGCGAUGUAUCCGCAACUUUCUCUCCAUCUGCUUGCUGGGGCCUGAGGGCACCCCUAUAUCUUGGUCCCUGAUGGACCAGACAGGAGAGAUACGGAUGGGGGCCACCCUGCCUGAGUACCGGGGCCAGGGUCUCAUCUCCAAUUUGCUGUGUGUCCACAUCCAGGCUCUGGAUGAACGUGGCUUCCCCACAUACAUGCAUACAGACAAAGCCAACAAAACCGUACAGAAAAUCAAUCACAAAAUGCAUCACAUCCCCUUUCCUUGUGGUUGGAACCAAUGGAACUGUGUGCCUCUGUAAAGCAGCUCUGAAGCCACCAUGGUGUUGGCCAGAGAUAUGCAUGGGUGGCUAGAAAGAAAGAAAAAGGUGUAAUCAGCAGUAAAGCCGCGGGUGUUGUUUGGGCUCUGGGAAAGCAGCAUGAUUGGUCCACAGAGGCAGCAGAGUUCCUGCUCACAAAUCACUCAUGAAAUCUCUUGCUUCCAGCAGACCUGGCAUGACCAGACCUGCCUAUUUCCUCCACAUCCCAACCCUGGCUACCACAUUGCUAUUCUGCGUUUCUAGGAGUUCAACUUUUUUUUUUUCCAAUAUUUCACAUAUAAGGGAUAUAAUGCAGUACUUCUGUUUCUGUCUGGUUUAUUUUCCCGAUUCUCAAUUUUCUUCUAAUGCAGAUGGCUAGUAAGGAAAGUAUCCAUAAUCAAUAAAGCAUAUGUGAACCCACUA